AUGAUCGGGGUCCGUUUGGGCAUUGUGGCCCUUCUCUGCCUCUUCUUCCUGGUCCGGGGAGAGCCGGCUGAUCAAGGAACAUCGGAAUGGCCGCUGAAACACACGUACCCAGCUCACGAGAAGGAGCUGCUGGACGAACUUCAGGAGGUGCUGGAAAAACUGCAGCAUAAGAAGGUCUCCGCUUGGGAGAAGAAAUUCAACCAAGUGCCCAAGUGCUCCUUUGGAGAUUCCUGCGCCGUCCGGAAAGGCCCCCGUAUCGGCAAACUCUGCGACUGCCCCCGGAGAGCGACCUGCAACGCUUUCCUUCUCAAAUGCUUGUGA